AUGAUGCGUCAGCUUUAUGCCGUCGCCACCUGUGCUAUCGCUUGGCUUGGAGACGCCCCCGAUAACCCCCAUGACCUCGUUUGGCUUCUAGUCACGCCCGACGCCACCCGCCAGCCUGAUGAACGCAAAAGCGGGGAGCGCAUAGAAUUCUGCCCAAGCGACCUGGACUCCGCAUCGUACAUCGCUGCAGUGCGACUACCAAGCAGCCGUCUGGCAGACGGGGACGACAUUGCACACUUGAGAGACCAGCUUGGUGGCACCCGCCUGUCCGAUGGACUCCAGCGCCGCAUCAUAAAAGGCCCCCAAGGCAGCUCUGUCUCUGACUCGGGCAUUGCCACGAUCGAACUUUUGACAAGCAAUGAUGGUGUACAUUGGGACGACGAAAGGCUCGACAGCACAGAUAUGCUACAUCUGACCGACUGGCUUCUCUCCGACUGGUGGCUUCGUGCCUGGACCGUUCAGGAGGCCGCGGUAGCCCAGUCGCUGGUGUACAUGGUGGGCAAGGCCAAGCUUCCACCCGAAAGCCUCCAAAAAUUGCUAUACAGCUUCAACGAUCACCACCUCCGCCGCCAGUGCUGUAACGUCGAUAAUUUAGGGCGGGGCCACGACUUGCAGCUCGGUAAAACAAUCACCCUGAGCUUGUCGAGAGUACGCGCUGUGAAGAAGCUUGAUGAGAGGCUCAAGCGACAGAAAAGAGGCGGGCCAGCUCUAUCGCUCUCAUCAGUCGCAGCCAUGUGUCGGGGAAGGCGGGCAACGAAUCCCCGCGACAAGGUCUAUGCGAUCACCGGGCUCCUGCCGGGAUUUUCGACGACCUGGAUCGAUUACGGUUUAAGUGUGGAAUCCACCUACGAAUCCGCCGCCCACCAGUGCAUCUUGUCAGUAAAGCGGCUCGACGUUCUGUCCUUUUGUCACUACCCCCCGGAAGUGUACCACAACACUAGUUUCAGCCAGGUCGUCCCUUCCGAAGACAUUGUUGAGCUUUCGUUACCGUCAUGGGUUCCCAACUGGACGCUGCGAUACGAGGCAGCCGGGGAAACCGCUGUCCUUCGGAGAGAAGAAAUUAUGGACAUUUGGACGAUGACUGACAUGCCUGGACGCUGGCUGGCGAGUGGGGCCGCGGCCUGCGAGGCUGUCAUCGGCCAACAGGACCCGCCCGGACUCCUCGGCAUCUCCGGUCGUUGUUUCGACACCGUGGUGGUGCUCGGAGUGCCUCAUCUUAAUCCGGAGCCUGGCUGCCACGAGGUCUUUUACGUCUGGAGGCUUGUCUCUGGCGUCGAUAAGGACCCAAUGUCGCCAUACCCGGGGGUGGAAACCGACUCGACGCGUACAAAAGGACACUGUGCAUGA